GGGAGUUGCACAAGCAAUUCUUGUUGUACGAAGGAGCUUGAAAUUGUUCAAUUCGAACAAGGAAAGAAAAGGAAAAAAGAAGCCUACGUGGAAAGUUGUAAAGGGUCCUCGACAACCUAAUGCGAAACAAUGUGAGUUUUAUGUGAUGAAAUUUAUGAGAGAAAUUAUUGAAGGAAAUGCUACCAGCGAGAAGGAUUCACUUAGCUCAAUGUGAUGCUUUAUUGAAAGAAAUUAAGGCGACGGUAGUUCGACAUCCAGAUACUUUGACUAUGGAAACUAUAAAAGAAGGCAAUAAGGGCUAUGCUGCAGAGAUUUUGGUUGUCACAUACAAUCAACAUACGGAGGAUGUAGAUGACCAAUCAAAGUUUAGGAUACUUCUGAGCUUUGGACAGCAUGGGAGAGAACUUAUUACCUCUGAGGUAGCUUGGCAACUACUUUCUGUUUUAGCCAAAGAAUGUAAUAUGCAAAGAGUGGAUCUUAUGUUCAUCCACAAACUGCUGGAUAACCUUGUCAUAAAGGUGCACAUGGUAGUUUCUUAUGUCACUUUCUAUAAAAGGUUUAAAAGUGAUUGAUAUGGUGCACAUGGAAGUUACCAAGACAACUCUAAACAUUGAGUGUUGUCCUGGAAUUUUGGAAAUUCUUCUCUCAUGUCCAGAUAUUAGAGCUAUGUGAAAUAUUUAUUUUCUGUUUACAGUUCAUGCAGUACUUACUACAAUUAUCUUUUUUCUUAUAUUUUAUAUUUUUCUUUGAUAAGUUUUGUCUAAUUUUUCUCUUAUAGGUACGUAACUCGGGCAAUUCGUGAGGCUUGAGAUUUUUGAUGCAAGGAGUGAGCUUUGUUAGGUUCCAUCUUGCCUUGCUAAUGUGUAAAAGUCAUAUGAAAAACAGUAAUGGAAAGCAUGUGAUUUAUGGUUUAAUACUACUAAGUUUGAUGAGUACAACUCAUUUUUUAUAUUUUAGCUGUCAUAUUUUGGAUUUAGUUUUGUAUUGGUGGUUUACUUAUAUUAAAUAAAGAUUGGUUGUUUGGUAUUA